AUGCUGAACCUGCGCAACCCGGAUGCCUUCGACAUGUACACCUUCAACGACCACGCCGGCUACGGCGCCAUCGAAGCGGCCCAGAACAUGCUGCUCGACUUCCACGAGGCCGCCGGCAACUGGAAGGAGCAGUGGGCCAUCUGCGAGGCGCUCGCCCCGUUGUUCAACACCGACUCGCUCGACCCUAUGAUGGGAAUUGACGACGGGGACCUCUUCCGGGAAACCAUGAUCAUCCUCGAACUGAUGUUCCUGAGCAUGCUGGUCGAGCUCGAGAAGCAGGGGCAGUUGGCCCACGUGCGCAACCUCGGCUGGGUCAUGGGGAUGGUCGCCCGCGAGGCCGACGCCAUGCGCUCGGACGGGUUCAUCGACGUGCCGGAGGGCAAGAAGAAGAAGAAGAAAAAGAAGAAGAAGAAGAAGAAGAAGAAGAAGAAGGCCUACGCUGGGGAGCACUUCGUGCCGUACCUGCUCGCCUACGGCGGCAAGCACAACAUCACCAUGUACGGGCCGUCGAACAUCGCCGACAUCAUCUCCGCGGCCGAGGAGGAGGCCGAGGAGCAGAACGUGGAACUGCCCGCCGCCGCUCAGGAUCCCUGGGGCUGGACGACGGGCUUCAAGGCGUACGAGCGCAAGAACAAGACCACCGCCUAUGGGGCGGGCAGCCGUGGCAAGGCGUCGAUUGGCGGGGACUCCCUGGAUAUCACCACCUACUCGCCUGCCGAGCGCAAGGCGAAGAGCUUCAACAAGAAGGAUCCCCUGACCAAGGCUAUGAUCAAGGCGCUCAAGGACGGCAUGUGUCUGAGCAUCGGCUGA